GUAGUCGACAAAUUCGUGUAGCUCUGUUGAGGCUAGGCCAUUCUUUAGAAGAAGAGAUGAACUUUUUACCUAUACAGGUAGAUUGUUGAAUCUCUCACAUGGCCCUGUGAAACUCUGCUUCUCGCCUCUGGAGAGCUCAUUGGAGAAGUUGGACGGUGCCUGAGAUCGAUAACCGAUGGUGAGAUUUAAAUACGACACUUCUUGGUCCAUCUGGUUUGUACAAUUUUGCUUUCCUUGACCCUGUUCUUAGGCGUCUACGGAUAUACAUUCAUUAUAACGGGCUGUCAGGGCAUUUCAUGGUCAAACCUCACACUAUUCAUUUCUGCUUUUAGAGUUAUCGUUAUCUGAUAUUCACCCUUCCAGGGCCGCUUUGUGUGCGAUACUUGUCUAUUGCUAGCAUAGCGCGCGCAUGCGAAAUAUUUUGUCACUAUGGAAGUCUCCAUGUUGAUCAUUGGGGGUACUUUGAUGGCAGUUACUCUGGUAUAUCUGGCCCUUAAUAAGGAGCAAAGAAAUUGCCUUAUCGGCGAUAUCAAGAUCGGUGGACGUAGAGCGUCUUCUGCAGCCAUAUUACCUUGCUCUAUAUCACCCGAAAAACAGGUGUCUGCUGGCUACCCUUAUGGUGAUACCUUACCGCCAUCACGCCGCCAUGUGCUAUCCGAAAUGAAUGAUGUCCCACUCCCUUUGUUGGACGAGAUGUCACCCAUUGUAUUUAACUUCAAAGCGCUUUUCACUCCUGUCACGGACUUCCGAGACGAACCCUGUGUACCAAAACUGAUUGUGAAGAUUCUGAAAGAGGGCAAGAGGCCCCUUCUGGAGUACAAGAAUACAUGGCAUGUCGAGCACGUUGUGCUACCGGCCUUGGAAAAGUGGGCAGCUGAGAAGGAGGAGAAAGGCUUAGUCGAAAGUGGGUGGAAGGUAACCACUCUUGAUGAGAGUCCGUGGUUUAAAAGGUGGGAGGAGAAGUGACAUAGGCAGCAAGGGUUUUGAACGGAUUAUAAUGAAUGCUGGUUGGAGUUAGGCUUUUUCAAUACCGUAUAUUUGUCAUUUUUCAUCUUCAUUUGUCUUUUAUUUAAUAAUAUUUCUUGGACUCUCCAGGAGGAAUUCGCGGAUGAUGUUUUGGUAUCAUUAUAUUGUACAUUCAAAUGGUCAUGAAUGGAAAUAGAAUUCCC